CAACACUGCGUUUGCAUAGUCAUGACAAACCAUUGGCUUUACUAGAAACAGUAGUGAUAUAACAGAACAGUCAAGAGAAGGAAAAAUCUUACUAUGAAAAUGCCAUCUUUAUCAGAAAAUAUUGCUGAUAUUAAAAGUACUGUAGUUACUGAGGUUCCCGCAGGAUCAACAGUGGUGUUGAACUGUGAUAGUAAUGAUUAUGAUCAUAAUUUUAUGUUUUGGCUUAUGGAUUCCCACCCUUUGCAAAUAAUCGGCCCUGAGACUACUUUUGAUGAAAGGAAAUAUAAAUAUGAAGUUUUAUCUGGAAAAUUGCACAUAAAUAGUGUCACACCUACUGAAUCUGGCUAUUACAAAUGCUUUUCAAAGAAGCUUGACGGAGCUGGUAUUACAGUAGGAGAAGUGGAGAUGAUAGUUCAAGGUUCAACAUUCUCAGUAGUUGAUGGAAUAAAACUGGGCGCUAUUAUCAUCUCUAUACUUGUUCUGAUUGUCUGUGCUGUUAUAUACUAUAGACUGAGCCGUGAAUGGAAAAACAAAUAUGAAGGACGUACAGUUGUGCCAGAUGAUGAGGAAGACGAUGGCGAUGAAAUUUAUAACCCCACCACUACUACUGCAAUCAGUCCACCUACACCCGCUCCAGGUCCGAGCAGGAAUCAGUCCGCCGAGCAUCUCUUGUACGGUAUAGAUAAUCAAGGCCUAGAUACGGAUUUUAAUUCUGUCUUCGAAAAUAUUCAAAUAAAAACUCCAAGUGCUAGUUUAAUUUAAGUGUCAGUUAAUAAGUAGCUUGAUUUCUCAUAUUUCAUAUUCGAUAGAUUGAAAUGAAAAGUAAAUUAAGUUUUUCAUAAUUAAAAUAAUUUUAGUGGAUUAUAUGGAUAUAUUUGUAAUGUAUAAAUAAUUUAAUAGAUAACUCUUAUUACUAAUAUAAAAUUGAAGAUCUAAUUACUUUUUAAUACUAAAGGACUAGUUGUUGAUUCUUGGAUUUUUGUUAAAUUUUGUAAAUAAAAUAAAAGUUUAUAUUAAA